GACAGCAUCUGUCAGUUCUUGAAGACAUCAGUCUUUGCAAUGGCUGAUGCAACGACUAGUGAGGAUGUGGUGAUGGGUGGUUCGUUGGAGAAGCUGAUCUUGGACGCCAAAGCUUGGCCUCCAGAGGCAUUUGAGCUCUUUCGAAAGCUUUUGCAGAAUGUGCUAAGUAGUCCGGAAGAGGCGAAGUUUCGAAAACUCAAACUGAGCAAUGCUCGCAUCAACGCAUUGCUGGCUGAGCCUGGUGCAGAGGAAGGCUUUGAACAACUCGGCUGGGUGAGGAACAGUGAGGCCUUGGAGCUACCAGCUCUGGCAGAUUUGAGGAAUUUUGAUUUCGUUUUGAAGGGAACCUCCAGUGGUCCUCCCGGAGAGUUGGUUCCACUCACGGUUUUGAGAGGUGCUCUAAAAUCGAAGCUUGAACUUCCGUGCAACACGCUCUUCAGUGAACUUGCCGCACGUAUCGAGCAAAGUGAUGCUCUAGGACGAAUCCCCAGGAAGAGGCAGCGUUUGCUUGUUGGGGUUCCUCCGAAGCCAUUGGCUGAGUCGUAUCCACAGUUUGCAUCAAUGACCAUUUCAGAACUUGGCCUGAAGGCCUUUAAACUCGAAGAUACAUGGGAGGAGAUGGUUGCUGAUUUGCGGGCUUUACGGGCCAGCUUCGAAUCCUUGGCCUCCGUUUUAUCGUGCAAAAAGACUCUUUCAGAGAAUUUUGAUUUCUUAUUGGACUCAGCGAAGGCACUUUUGAAAUCAAGAGCCAUGCUUAUGGACGAGACUGAAAUGUGUAUGGCGCGCAGGUGCUUUUCAGUCCUGUGGCCACCAGGUGUGGACACUCUGGCCGCCAGACUGGAGCAUUGUGUGCUAUGUACGCCUCUCGCGAUUCCUCAAAAAAGUGAUGACGGAGAAACUACAUUGCAGUUUCCCCUGCAAGUUGAGCGAGCGGACCUCUUUAAUUCCGCACUGUCUCAGAUCCAAGGAGCAUCCAUUGAAGAGUUGCGCAAACCACUCCAAGUGACGUUUGUGGGUGAAGCGGCUGAAGAUGCUGGUGGUCCGAGACGUGAGUUCUUCAAUGACUUUGGGCGCUCAUGCACAGAAAAAGAUGGAAUUUGGAGGACGACUCCAGUAGGCUCACUGACUCCUGUGCCCGCCCCUUCAACCAUUUUUCACAGCUGCGGCCGCAUUUAUGGCCUCGCCCUUUGCCAAGCAGAAAAUGCAGCCCAAGAACAGCGAGUUCGUGAGAAUGCAACCAUUCAAGAGCUGCUAGCUGCAGUGACUGGUGACGAGGAAACACAGCAGCAACAGAAACUUCUAGUGGGAGCGAGCUUGUCACGGCCAUUUCUCAGAUGUGUGCAAGCUGAUGUGCCAGAAUCUUUGGAAGAUUUGCAGACUGAGCUGAAUGCAGAACAAAGUGAAAGUGCUCCAGACUUCAGAGGUUCUGCAGCUUUCAUCACUUCGAGUCUGCACGAAUUAGGCCUUGAAGGACAGCUCACUUUCAGCCACACCCUGCCGGAUGGAAGAACCGUAGAGUUGAAGCCAGGUGGAAGUGAAACUGUUGUGACAGAUGCUACCAAACUGGCCUGGCUAAAAGCAGUGCUUCGAAGCGAGCUUGUUCAAAGUAUUGAGGAGGCGGCAAAGUCGUUUCGGCUUGGAGUGUGCGAAGCCGCUGGUGCUGCAUACUUGGUGCUGCUUUCGGCUGGCGAGCUGCAACAGGAGUGGUCCGGCCUGGCAGAGAUUAGUGAUGACAAUUUGAGACUGUGGCAAGAGCGAUCUACCAUUUGUCCAGCCCGAAAGCAGCAAGCUGCGUGGUUUUUUGAAGUCCUUUGGGCGGAAGAAUGGAGAGCUUCCCGGCCCAAAGUCCUGAAGUUUACCACAGGCAGUGAUCGUUGGCCUUCUGAGCCCAAAAGCUUCACUUUCUAUGUGGAGCCUAUGGAUGGGGGAGAUGAAUUGUUGCCGCGAGCAAUGACCUGUGGCAACAUGCUCCAGUUGCCCAGCUACAGCAGCAAGGAGCAGCUGCAGCGUCAGCUUCUGAAGGCGUGCGACUUGGGUUUGUCGAUGCAGCUCGUUU